AAUAUUAAAGAUUAUGAUAAUAUGAGAGCACAUUCUACCCGCUCCCCGCCGCAGCGCCUUGAAACCAUCUCAGCAUCAACCAAAUCAAGAUCACCAAGCUUACGUGGAUCUAAACAUACAAAGGUUCCUACUAUCUCCAACCAGCCCUUGAAUACUCCUCUACCUGUUCCUAAGGAUGGAGUUCCUCAUCCUCAACCUUUCUAUGUUACUCAGGGUGUAGUACUGAAGCAGGUCGGUGACCGGCCCCCCUGGAAGCAAGUUAACCGGCAACAGGAGGUUCAGCUCCUGGAACUCUGGGAUUCCUCCGAAGAUCUACAGAAAAGAGUUCUCAAGGAAUUACUCAAGGAUUUUCUCCAUGAACAGAUUCACACAAUAUCUUCAGGUUAUAUCCUCGGGGCCAAUGCUAGAGUUCAAAAGGAUAGACAGUUACUAAUGUGGCUUCAUGAGGAGGUUAUAGAGCCGACUGUGUAUGAUGAGACGGAGCUGUGUGUUUAUGAGGAUAUCUGGGAUAAUGCUAGAAUGCUAACAGAGAGUCAAGCUAAACCUUACGAGAAGUUGUACGAGGAUCACACUCCAGACUCUUCUUUUCUUUCCUUCCUCAAGGAUCAUAGAAGAAAUAAUAUCACUCUAGAUCAGGGGAAGAGUUUAUAUGGACAUAAGAUGUAUGACAACUACGCUAUCCGUCGGCUGCAGGAGCUGUUCAUCACUCAGCUGGCCAGUCAGGUCCUCUUCCAGCAGGGGAUCCUCUUCAUGGAGCAGGAGAUGAAAGAACUGGAUAAUGAUGAGAGAAUCCAGACUGCUGGACCUCGAGCUCACAUAGAUCCAGACUGCUGGACCUCGAGCUCACAUAGAUCCAGACUGCUGGACCUCGAGCUCACAUAG